AUGCCAAUGAGCCCUCAUCCCUUCGAUCCCCUUGGUCCGCAAGAGAUCAUUCAUGCAGCGAACAUCGUCCGCAAAGCCCAUGUUAAUUCACAGCUCGCUUUCCGGGCUAUUACCUUGCAAGGGCCUCCAAAAGAUGAGAUGGUUGCUUUUCUAGAGACUGAGGCCCCAGUGACGCGUCCCGACAGGCUUGCAAGGGUGCAGGCCUUUGUUCAGAACAUGUUGCAUGAUAUAAUCGUUAAUCUCAGUGUAGAGGAGAUUGUCAAGGACGAGGAGCUUGUUGGGCGACAUUCGUUCAGCGAUACAGUAUUCAUGCAGAAUGUUGCCGAAGCAACCAUGGAGGACCCUAGAGUCCAAGAUGAGAUCAAACAACUCAACCUUCCAGAAGGAGCGGUUGUCAUUGUGGAACCUUGGAGCUAUGGCACAGAUGGAGAAAAUGAUAUGAGCGAAAGACUGGCGAUGGUAUAG